AUGUCGAUCACCAUCACAGACUACGAAUUGGAAUGCAACACCCACGACCUCUACAGAGUAGAUUUCUUCAACGACUAUAUCAAAACCCUAGUCACACACACCCCCUCCAAGCUCAGGUCUUGGAUUCAAAAAAUAAAAUACCUACACCGUUACAGGCUCCACAAGCUCAUUGUAGGGCUCGAUGUAGAGUGGCGUCCUUCCUUCACCAAAGGUAUCACCAACCCCGUUGCAACCCUACAGUUGUGUGUGGGCCACAGUUGCCUCAUAUUUCAGCUUCGCUAUGCCCCUCGGCUCCCCAAGUGUCUGUUUGACUUUCUUGGGGAUCCCGGGUUUACCUUUGUGGGAGUAGGAAUUCGGGAAGAUGUUCGAAAGCUUAUGGAUGAUUAUGGGCUUGUGGUGGCAAAUUUUGUCGAUCUUAGGGUUUUGGAGGCGAGGAGGUAUGGGUGGAGCGUGCCCCGGAAUUUGAGUCUAAAGGACAUGGCAGAGGAGGUGCUAGGGCAGGAGUUUCAGAAGCCAAAGACUAUUACUAUGAGUCACUGGGAUAAGCCAUGCCUCUCUCUUGCGCAAGUCAAGUAUGCCUGUGUUGAUGCCUUUGUUUCUUUCGAAAUUGGGAGGGUUUUGAGAGCAGCAGAUUAA